UUCCGCGCCUCCGCCCGGGGCCUUCCCGGGACCUCCCGGGGCCUUCCCGGGACCCCCGCCCCGUUACCGGGACCCCCUCCCCACUACCGGGACCCUUCUCCCGUUACCGGCACUGGGAGGAGCUGGGGGAGCUCCGCGAGGCCUUAGGAAGGGACUGGGACGGACUGGGCGGAACCGGGCUGAACCGUCCGCAGCUUGCGUAGCGCUGUGGGCAGCGCCCUUACGCCAUCUGCGUAGCGCCGUGGGCACCGGCGUGGCCACUCCGAGGCGCUGGGAGGGAACUGGGCUGAACUGGGAACGGCCUGGGAGGCCUUAGGAAGGCACUGGGGAGUGACAGGAGGGAACUGGGACGAACUGGGAGGAACUGGGAGGGUCUGGAACGAGCCGUACCACUGAGGGCGAGGCCCUUACGCCAUUUACGCAGCGCUGAGGGCACACCCCAUUCCCUUACGCCAUCUGCGUAGCGCUGAGGGCACUCCCUGUUUCAUUACUCCAUUUGCGUAGCGCCGCUCCGUUGGUGUUAACGGGCGCUCGUUACGCUGUUUGCGCGCCGUACGCCGCUGGCGCGGCGCGGCGGGGGCGGGCCCGUAUCCCUGCGCGCUCCGAGGCUCCGGUGCAGGCCCGGUCCCGGUCCCGGUCCCGGUCCCGGCCCGGCCCCGUCAGGCCCCGGCCCCGUCAGGCCCCGGCCCCGGCCCCGGCCCCAGGCCCGGCCCGGCCAUGAAGUUCCUGUACAAGGAGGAGCAUCCGUUCGAGAAGCGUCGCUGUGAGGGAGAGAAGAUCCGGAAAAAGUACCCGGACCGAGUGCCGGUGAUCGUGGAAAAGGCGCCCAAGGCCCGGAUCGGGGACCUGGACAAGAAGAAAUACCUGGUGCCCUCCGACCUCACAGUGGGCCAGUUCUAUUUCCUGAUCAGGAAGAGGAUCCACCUGCGGGCCGAGGACGCUCUGUUCUUCUUCGUCAACAACGUCAUCCCCCCCACCAGCGCCACCAUGGGCCAGCUCUACCAGGUCCCAAAACCCCCCAAACCUCCCCAAAAAUACCCCCAAAACACCCCCAAAAUACCCCCAAAACCUCC